AUGGUAUUAGGAUGGCUUGGUGGCAAGGGCAAAACCCCCACCCACGCAAGGAGCUUGACUGCGAUCGACGAGCUUGCUCAAAUUCAGGAUGCCAUGAGCGCCGUCACACACAUCAUGGCCGAUGACAUCGAUAGCGCAGAGGAGUUCCUUCGAAAAGGCCACUCGCCAUUCCACCAGCUCGGAGUCGGUGUGUGCAUGUUCAUGCGGGCAACCUUGGGAUUCGAGCAAGACGUUAUGCGCGAAGCCAACGACAUGCUUUAUACCGCAGAAAGCGGCGCCUACGAAAGCCAGCGAAGAGUCGCUAAAAAUGCAAACUCAUUCCGCUCGAACAUCUACCCUCCGGGCACCGAAUAUGCCGUAUGCCAGGCGGAGGCGCAGUUGAUGAGCGCCGUUGUUGGUGUGCUGAACGAGAGCCUGACUGAAGCUAUUAAGAGUUUCUACAAGCUACGAAAAGCUUACAUCACGCUGGAAGGAGUGAUGGAGGCGGAGAGAACAUUCCUGCAUACGAAGAGUACCAGCAGCUUGAACUCGACCAGCUCGCGUGCCUCCUCGAAACCGGCAUCAGUCCGAUCUACUGGUGGUAGCACGCUCAAGAAGACGCUUUCUAAGACAGAUUUGAUUCGCAAGUCUGCGAACUCAUCGACCACAAGCUUGAAGCAGACUGCAGACGAUAUCGACUUCGUCGACGCUAAACAGGAGCGAGGCGCUCAAACGCCGCUGGAAUACGGAGGUCAUCUGAACCUACCCGUCGGCCAAGGAGGGUCUGUUACACUAAACAAUGCCCAGAAAGAGGUAGAUGUUAGUUCAAGUUCCGCGUCGGGUCUACCUACCGGAAACCCUCAAGCCACUUCUGUACCAGACGCAAUCGCGGAUUUCGAGAAUUUGGUACUGAAGGACGACAACGGAGAAGCCAGCGUCUCGGAAUUCACCGACCACCCUAUAGACGAGUUCAUUAUCUCUGGCGCCAGCUUUUGCUUCGGCAUCCUGCUGUUGAUCGUUUCAAUGGUUCCGCCGUCCUUUGCAACCGUACUCAAAGUCAUUGGCUUCAAGGGAGACAAGGACCGUGGGUUGCGGAUGCUUUGGCAGGCGACGAAGUUCAACAACAUUCACGGAGCUAUGGCCGGCGUCGUGUUGAUGGGCUAUUUUAACGGUUUCGUCGGCUUCUGCGACAUCAUCCCACGAAGUGGCGAGGGCGCGUAUCCUGAGAGACGGUGCAAGGCGCUAAUGGCAGAGAUGAGGAGAAGGUACCCGAAGAGCCAUCUUUGGCUUUUAGAAGAGGCUCGCAUGAUGUCUAGAGAGAAAGAGCUGGAGAAGGGUGUCCAAUUCUUGGAAGACAUUGGCAAGUCCCCGUUCAAGCAGCUCGAGGCAUUGAGCUGGUUUGAACGUUCUCUGGACCUUAUGUACAUGCACGAUUACAAGAAGACCAGCACCGCUUUUCAGACUUGCAUCACGCUUAACAACUGGAGCCACGGACUGUACCACUACAUCUGUGGAGCUUCGUACGUCGAGUUAUACAGGCGGGCUAAGAUCUCUGAUCCGUCGGCUGCAAAGGCGUAUGGGGACCAAGCAAAUGAGUACUUCAAGCAAGUCAUGCCCAACAUUGGCAAAAAGAAGUUCAUGGGUCGUCAGCUACCCUUUGACACCUUCGUCAACCGUAAGAUCUCAAGGUGGGAGGCACGAGCGAAGGAAUGGAACUGUUCGUUCAUCGACGCCAUCGGUGUCUCGCCAAUCGAGGAAAUGAUCUACUUCUGGAACGGAUAUAAACGCAUGCGUCCCGAGCACUUGCAGGAAUCUCUUGAGAAUCUUGCGUGGAGCGAGUCAUCCGCAAACCCUCAUUGGGCAAAGGAAGACCUCAACGAGAAAGCCAUUCUUUCCACCCUUCGCGCCGUCACGCUACGCACUCUGGGUCAGACAGCUGAAGCUAAGGAGAUCCUGCAGAAGGAUGUUAUUGCUCACGACGCCACCCUAUUCGCAGGUGCACUGAAGGACGACUGGAUGCCGCCAGUCGCGAGAUAUGAGAUGGCAGCAUGCAUGUGGCAAGAGGCCGAUGUCGAUGGGAACCCACAGGGACACCAGGAACAGCUCGCACAGUGUAAGACGUGGCUUGAGGCUUCAGGUAGUUGGGGCGGGUAUGUUCUGGAUGCAAGGAUCGGUAUGAAGAUCACAACCGGCAAGGGUACGCUGAGGAGGUUUGGUGUUGUCAUAUAA